AUGGGUAUCGUGGAAAAGUUUCUUCCCAAGGAUGACCGCUUUGCGGCACUCCUGUUGUAUGGCAUGGUCUUUUCAACUUGUUUCAAUGGGUAUGAUGCUGGGAUCAUGACAGUCAUUCUGGCCGAUAAACAGUUCAUCGAAUACUAUAGCAUCAAUGACAAUAAAUCGGGAUUGGUUGCAACGAUCCCCUGGGCGAUGACAGGUCUCGCCCAACUCUGGCUUGGCGGCUCCCUCGCUGGGUGGUUCGGACGUCUUUGGGCUUUACGGGUGUCCAUCUGCAUAAUGAUCAUCGGAGUAGUCGUCGAAGUUAUCCCAAAUAGCUUCGGGGUUUUGAUCCUGGGGAGACUCUUGACAGGUCUAGGCUUCGGGUGCGUAUACAUCUCCACCAACCUCUAUGUCGCCGAGUGUGCACCCACCAAGCUCCGUGGCAGCUUCGUUGGAACGGUAUCCCAGUUCGGCUACCAGCUGGGUACCCUGAUCGCCUUCUGGUCCGGCUAUGGAAUGUCCUUUCACAAGUCACCUUACAAUAUUGCCUGGCGCGUUUCCAAUAUCAUCCAGAUCCCCAUCGGUCUGGCAUUUAUCGUAGUCUCGUUCUGGUACCCUGAAAGCCCACGGUACAUGCUGGAGAAGCACCCCGAGACGCCCGAACGGGCUCUGAAUGUCCUCAGCAGACUCAGAUCUGGUGCACCGACUGACGAACGUAUCCGGAGGGAGUUCCAUGAGCUUGUUGCCUCGUAUGAGUUCCGCCGCAGGUAUGAUACGGGGUAUAUCGGGCUUCUCAAGAAUAAGAGCAUGCGAAAGCGAUUGCUUUAUGGCAUCUACGCUGCAAGUCUUCAGCAGUGUGGUGGUAUUGCUUCGCUUACUAUGUAUGCCACCUUGAUCUACCAGAGUCUUGGAUGGGACACGGGUUCGCAGGCGUUGACGAUCAAUGGGAUCCAAUCUGUCCUCCAGCUACUCAUUGUGUUUGUCAAUACAUUCACAGUUGACAGAUUUGGUCGACGGGGUCUGCUGCUUGCUGGGUUUGCUAUUCAGUCGCUGGCACUCUUGAUCAUGUCUUGUCUUACAACUGCUUAUCCGACAAACGGGAACAAGGCAGCUGCUAUCGUGGAGGUUGCUAUGUUGUUCAUUGUUGGAUUGACGUACUGCUGGUCAAAUGGCCCUAUUGCCCCGACGGUGGUGACGGAGAUCUUCCCUCAGCAUGUUAGAGAUAAGGGGUUUGUCUUGGCCGUCUUUCAACAAAAGGGUUGGGGGUCACAGCUAUUGGCUACUGUUUGGUUUGAACAUAGCUGCUGGGACCGUUGCGCCAUCCAGAUAUCUGUUUACUUCAUUCUCCCCGAAACCAAAGGCAUAUCCUUGGAGCGAAUGGAUACGAUCUUUGGAGGUCCUGAUAAUGUAGCGGCUGGGGAAUCUGAAGGAACUUCUGAAAAACGCGAAGCGAUGGCCAUCAUGAACGAAGGAGAAGAGACACCAGUUGCUCAUGUGGAGGAUGCUGCCCAAGACCGCUCCUCCCGCGGACCGGAAAGGUCGUCUGUUUGA